AUGCGAUUCUUCGCCCGUCUCCGCAACUGGGAGUUUCGUCAGUUGCCAGCGGUGCACCGCUGCACCCGUCCCACGCGUCCGGACAAAGCCCGGAAGAUGGGCUACAAGGCCAAGCAGGGCUACUGCAUCUACCGCGUCCGCGUCAAGCGCGGCGACCGCAAGAAGCGCGUGGCCAAGGGCAUCGUCUACGGAAAGCCCGUGAACCAGGGCAUCAACAAGUGGAAGGCGGUCCGGAACCUAAGGAACAUUGCUGAGGAGCGAGUGGGCCGAAAGUGUGGCAGCCUUCGCGUGCUGAAUUCCUAUUGGGUGGCACAGGACGCUGUUCACAAGUGGUUCGAGGUUGUGAUGGUGGAUCCGUUCCACAAGACCGUUCGAGACGACCCGCGGAUCAACUGGAUCUGCAAGCCUGUGAUGAAGCACCGNNGCACCGCGAACUGCGAG